GUAGCUACAUAUCAACUACAUAACACCUGUCAGAAAUAGUAAUUGUUAUUUUAAUUCUAAACAAAAUUCAUAGUCAUAUAUGUUACCCGGUGCCAUUACUACCUUAAGAAAAAUGAGCAGCUACAGUGGUCGCAAGCUAGCAGCAGUUGUCAAGGAACUGGAAGCCUUUGCUCCGAUCUCGCUGGCCGAAAAAUGGGAUAACGUGGGACUUUUGAUCGAACCGCACAAGGAGAGGGAUGUGAAACGGAUACUCCUGACCAACGAUCUCACCGAGCCUGUAAUGAAGGAGGCCGUGGAGAAGCAGGUGGAUAUGAUCAUAAGCUACCAUCCGCCAAUCUUCAAGCCCCUGACAAGAAUCACCAAGUCGAACUGGAAGGAGCGUGUGGUGGCUGCCUGUUUGGCCAACUCCAUUGCCUUGUAUUCGCCACACACUGCGUGGGAUAAGAAGUGCGGUGGCGUCAACGAUUGGCUGGCCCAAGCCGUGGCCAUUCAAAGCAUUCGGCCGUUGAUGCCAGAAAUGGGUGCAGAGCCCGGCACAGGCUCGGGGAGGCUGAUCCAGACGAAAAUGGAAAUUUCUCAGCUGGUUGAGGCCCUGCAGCGUCACAUCAAUAACAAUGUGCACGUGGCCCUGGCCGUGGGACAUGAUUCAAAGACUGUUGUGCGCACAGUGGGCAUCUGUGCGGGUUCGGGUGGUUCGUUUCUGCGUGGCAUCCAGGCCGAUACCAUCAUCACGGGCGAAAUGUCGCAUCACGAAGUGCUGGACUUCAAUCACAAUGGCACCACCGUGCUGCUCUGUAAUCAUACCAACUCUGAGCGUGGAUUCCUGCGCGUGUUUGCACCGAAACUUGGUGAACUCUUGCAGGGAGCCUGUGAAAUCCUCGUUUCGGAGAAGGACCAAGAUCCGCUAGUCACGGCCACACGGGGAUCUCCAUUGAGUGCCGCCAUCCAGCAAGCUCAACAACAAUAGAUCGCGAUUAAAAAUGCAUCUUCUUUCAUCAAAAAUAGUUUCAUUACAAAUAAAAACGACUAAAUUAUAACGUUUACACUU